GUCUCCUCUGUCUCCUCUGUCUCUUCCUUCCCUGCCUUGGACGCUUCUGUCUGUCCGUCUGUCUUCUCUGCUCCGCCUCCCUGCUUGUUUCCUCCCCACGGGCUGAUAAGGCUCCGCUAGCCGGCAGCCCCGUCUGUCAGUCCGUCCGUCUAUCCUCUCUACUCCGCCUGCCGCUGUCUGGCUCCAGGAGGGGUUGAGGAGGAGCCUCAAGAAACUAACUCCCUUAAAAAAAAAAAGCCUCCUAGGAUAAGAGCAGCCGCGGGCCGGCCCCCUCCUCCCGGCGGCCCCCCACCCCUCUUGCUUUCCUCCUCCCUCCCCUGCCUACCAUUCCCACUGCAUCCCUCCCCGUCUCCUGACGCGCCGACUGAGAAGACGCUCUUUUCGCGGAGGAGAGGGGGACAAGGAGGAGGAAGAAAGGGCAGCGGCAGCGGCGGCGGCAAGCCCUCCUCCAGGCGCCCCGGAUUGCCUCCAGGCGCCCCGGAUUGCCUUCAGGUGACGAUGCUCUGGCUCUCCCCCAGCGUCCGGGCUCUGGCUCCGCGGCAGUGGCUGGCCUCUCCUGGGAUCGCCUUCAGUGUCUGGCUGCUGCUGAGUAACCUGUGGGUCCAGAUGUCUCUGGCUUCCUCAUUCCUGACAGGUUCAGUUGCUAAAUGUGAAAAUGAAGGUGAAGUGCUCCAGAUCCCUUUUAUCACCGACAACCCAUGCAUAAUGUGUGUCUGCUUGAAUAAAGAAGUGACAUGUAAACGAGAGAAGUGUCCACUGUUCUCCAAAGACUGUGCCCUGGUGGUUAAGCAGAGGGGAACCUGCUGUGAACGAUGCAAAGGCUGUAGCUACGAAGGACAUACUUACAACAGCUCCCUAAAAUGGCAGGUCCCCGGCAACCCCUGCAUCCUUCACCAGUGCCAGGAAGGAGUCAUAACCAAGGCGGAAAUGCGCUGUGUGGUUCAUUGUAAAAAUCCUACCAAGCAGCAAGGGAUGUGCUGCCCCACCUGUUCAGGAUGUGUCUUUGAAGGAAUUCAGUACCAUGACGGGGAAGAGUUUCAGCCUGAAGGGAAAGGAUGCACCAAGUGCAUGUGUAUUGGAGGUCAAACACAGUGCAUGAGAGAAGUCUGCCCCAUUCUGUCAUGUCCUGAGCACCUGAGUCAGACUCCACCAGGCCAGUGUUGCCCCAGAUGUGUAGGUCAGCGGAAAGUGUUUGACCUCCAGUUUGGAAGCUGCCUCUUUCGUAGCGAUGUCUAUGAUAAUGGCGUCUCUUUCCUCUAUGACAAUUGCACAGUUUGCACAUGCCAGGACUCCACCGUGGUGUGCAAGAAGAAAUGCUUUCCUCCAGGAGCUUGUGCUAAGAGCAGAGACUCCUGUUGUGAAGAAUGCCUUGUGCAUAUGCCCCCCAAAGACGUCCGUGUAUGCAAGCUUGGGAGCAAGAUCUUCCGGGAUGGAGAGAUGUGGUCCUCUGUUAAUUGCACCAUCUGUGCUUGCAUGAAAGGCAAGACUGAGUGUCAGAAGAAGCAAUGCGUUCCCAUCGACAGCUGUCCACACGGUAAAAUUCUGAAUAGAAAGGGAUGCUGUCCUAUUUGCACUGAAAAGCCCGGCGUUUGCACUGUAUUUGGAGAUCCCCACUACAACACUUUUGACGGACGGACAUUUAACUUUCAGGGAACAUGUCAGUACGUUUUGACAAAAGACUGCUCCUCCUCUGCCUCACCCUUCCAGGUGCUGGUGAAGAAUGAUGCCCGGCGGACUCGGUCCUUCUCUUGGACCAAGGCUGUGGACCUCGCGGUUGGCGGCGGCACAGUUAGCCUCCAGCAGCAUCUCACGGUCAAGUGGAACGGUACCCGGAUAGCACUGCCCUGUGAGACUCCUCACUUCCAUAUUGAUCUGGAAGGCUACCUCCUAAAAGUGACAACCAAAGCAGGCCUGGAAAUCUCCUGGGAUGGAGACAGUUUUGUGGAAGUCAUGGCUGCCCCACACCUGCAGGGCAAACUCUGUGGACUUUGUGGCAAUUACAACGGACACAAACGGGAUGACUUAAUUGGGGGAGAUGGCAACUUCAAGUUUGAUGUGGAUGAUUUUGCUGAAUCCUGGCGAGUGGAGUCGAAUGAGUUUUGCAACCGGCCCCAGAGAAAGCCAGUGCCAGAGCUUUGCCAAGGGACGGUGAAGGUGAAGCUUCGUGCACACCGGGAGUGCCAGAAACUCAAAGCCUGGGAGUUUCAACCCUGUCAUUCUGCUGUAGACUACACAACAUUCUAUCGGUCCUGUGUGACAGACAUGUGUGAGUGUCCAGUCCAUAAAAACUGCUAUUGUGAAUCUUUCCUGGCAUAUGCCCGGGCUUGCCAAAGAGAAGGGGCCAAAGUUCACUGGAAGCCAGAGCAGAACUGCGCAGCCACCCAGUGCAAACAUGGCGCUGUAUAUGACACCUGUGGGCCUGGAUGCAUCAAGACAUGCGACAACUGGAAUGAGAUCGGCCCCUGCAACAAGCCGUGUGUGGCAGGCUGUCACUGUCCUGCCAACUUGGUUCAUCACAAAGGAAGAUGCAUCAAACCAGUCCUCUGUCCCCAACGGUGACCUUUGUUCAGGGCGAAAGACUUGGAAAGCCGGUGUCCUUGACACCUGCAUUGAAAAGCCAAUGAAGGACUAUGGGUUUUAAAUGCAUAUUCUGCAAAAAACACACCCAGAGUACAUAUGUGUAAAUAUACAUAUAUGUACACAUCUAUACAUAUACAUAUGUAUGUGUGUAUGUAUAGAUGUGUAUAGAGAGAGAGAUUCAAAAACAUACAACAUUUAUAUAAACCAUAGAAGGAAGAAUUAUUGUAUGUAUAUUUUUUGCUAUAAGACAUGUAUUAUUUCUAGGAUUCUAAUCUGUAAGCCAUGGCAGUUAUUGUAUAAAUAAACCCAAUGUUUCUAAUUUAAUCAGGUGGCAUGGCAGCCUUCUGGAUGACUUUCCCAUUGCAUAAACUUCAAGGAAGUUUUUUGAGAACCCUAGUGUUCCACUGAGUUCAUUUUGAUCUUGAACCAGGAUUUGUAGCUGGAUGGAAAACAUGUCUCCCUGGAGGAAGAGGAUUUAUCUGUAGGCAAGAAAGGAAUGUGUAUUUGUGAAAGUUGGCCAGGGGAUUGGUGACAGGAAUGAAAAUGGCUGGACAGCUGGGUCUUUGGAGCCAUAUAGUUGAUAGUGUUUCCAAGAUUGACUGGCCAGAUGCCAGGACGGCGAUAUUUGUCAGUAAACCAAAACAAAGAGCCAAAUAGUUUCUUGAUUUAAAGACUCCUUUUUAUUGUAUUUUUAUGUAAGUCUACUCCUCUUACACAUGUGUGUGCUCCCACACACACACGGCAUCCCAAUAGUUUUAUUUUAGCUUUAAUAGCUUAUUACCACCCUAAGACUUUUGUAUAUUCUAUAGAAGCAGUGUGGUGGAGUAGAUAGAGAUGUGGCAUGAGAGCCUGGAAGACAGUUUAAAAUCCUACUUCUGACACAUAUGAGCUGUGACCCUGGACAAGUCAUGUAACCUCUCAGUGCCCCGACUAUAAAUUGCAGACAAAUGACUGAUCUGCAUUGGUCAUCCAGGAGAUCUCUAUGCCAAUGAAAUCACAGUACAGGCUCAAUUAUGAUAUUAAUCAGCUAAUCGCCAAGCAUGUAUUAAACACCUACCGUGAGCCAGGCAUUGUGCUAAAUGUUGGGGCACAAAGAAAGAGCCAAAACAGUCCUUGCCUUCUAAGUGCUUACACUCUAAUUAAGAGACAACAUAUGUAGAUCAGAAGAUGCAAGCUAAAUACAGAGUAUCUAGAUGGAGGGUAACUUGAGUUGUUCUGGCACUAGCAUCUGGGGGAAACCAGGAAAAGCUUCCUGGGGGUGGCGGCCCUUGAGAUGAGUCUUAAAGAGAUUCUAAGAACCAGAGCUUGGGGGUGGGGAGAGCAUUUCAGGCAUGGAGAAUGACCAGUGCAAAGGGCUAGAGAUGAGAAAUAAAAUGUCAUGUGUGUAAGAAAUAGCCAGCAAGCUGGUUUGACUGGAUUGUAGAGUGAGUGGGAUGGAAGAAAAUUGAAAAAGGUAGGAAAGGGCUAGCCUGUGAAGAGUCUAAAUGGCAAAUAAAGGACUUUAUAUAGGUUA